GGGGGGGGAAGGGGACGCGUUGCCAUGGAAACAGCGGCGUCCGGAGGGGCCGCGGCGGAGGGUGCGGGGCCCGCUGCAGGCCAUAGUGGGUUCGUACCGGCCCGCACCGGGCCCUGAGGCUUCAACGCGCGUUUUGAGGGGAAAAGCGGUUAAAAUCGCUUUCGCGGAUUCCCGGAGUGCCGCAGCCCCGACCCGCGCAGGAUGGACCCCGUUGUUCUCAGUUACAUGGACAGUUUGCUGCGGCAGUCGGACGUGGCUUUGCUGGAACCCCCAAACUGGCUUAACGAUCGCGUCAUCGGCUUCGCCUUCGAGUACUUCGCCAACCACCAGUUCCAAGAGUUUCACGAGCAGGUUUGUUUCAUCAGCCCCGAAGUGGCUCAGUUCAUUAAAUGUGCCCUUAGUCAGGAAGAAAUAGCCAUAUUCCUCCAACCGCUGGACCUUCUCCGCAAGAACCUGGUGUUCUUACCCAUCAACGAUAACUCCAACCAGGUCGCUGGGGGCUCCCACUGGAGCUUACUGGUUUAUUUCAGGGACAAAAACUGCUUCUCCCAUUACGAUUCUCACAGUAAAUGCAACUCCUUCCACGCCAAGCAAGUGGCGGGGAAGCUGGAGAGCUUUUUGGGCAAGAGAGGGGGCAAAGCCGCCUUCGUGGAGGAGAAGGCGCCCGCCCAGCAGAACAGCUACGACUGCGGGAUGUACGUGAUCUGCAACGCGGAGGCUGUUUGUCAGGGACACCUCGGGGAGCGGCCGGAGCCUCUGCUGCAGCUCCUCACCCCCUCCUACAUCACGCAGAAGAGAGCGGAGUGGAAAAGCCUCAUCAUGAAGCUGGCGCAGAAGUGAGCGCGAUGCGGCUCCAACGCUCCCCUCCCCAAAAACCAAAACUGCCUUCCCCAUCCGCGAGGCAGCACCUCCAGUGCCUGAGGGAGAUGCCCAUGCGCAGGAUUGGCCCAAAGAAGAAGAAUGUCACCCCUCCAGCAUGGCUACACCCCCCAAACACCCUGCUCCCCCCUGGAAAAGCCUUAGUCCCCUCGGGAAAUUAACCAGAAAAAUCACUUUGCUUUCAAAUAAAUCCUCUCCGCGGUGAAUUUUUACACUAAUUGCUGGGGCAAAAGGGGGUGCUGAAGGGACUUCUCGCCUUGCCCAGCAUGUCAUCGUUAGGUGGCUUUAAUUGGCUCUAGGCAUCGCUGUUCCAAGCCAGGUUUAGCAAACACCCUUCAAAACCAAACCCCCAAAUGCUUUAUCAUAACUAUUUCUAAUUUGUGCCUCCCUGUUGGUAUUGGAGCAGUUUGGGCUUGAGCAGCAAGGGGUUUUUACCCCGAAAAGAUGGCAAUGAUAUCAAAAGACGAGAUUCCAAAGGAAAUGCUAUGAUUAAUUAAAGAAAUAGAAAGAAAAUAGGUUUUCUUCAGAUAAGUGCUCCUAAGCUGAAUAGGAAUAGCUUUUUCCUUGUCCCCAACCCCUGCUUGCUCUUAUUAGAAAUUAAAAUCUGCCUCUGAACUGCUGGAAGAUUAAUAGGGAGCUGAGAAACCCAAUCCUAGGAAAGGAAAGUUAAUUGAGAUGAAAAGCGACACUUACUCUUUGAAGUUGUUUUCUUUUUCCGUAUGAUUUCAGGUCGUCUCCGUUCGGGGCAGGUUCGUUAGCGCUCCCUCGUUAGCGCUCGCCCUGCUCAGAGCGGACGAGGCGGCCGCUGCUUCCUCCAGCACAAAACCAGUUCUGUCACUCGAGAUUAAAAACACACCAGGGAGAACAAAAGGCUGGAGUUUGAGGUGGAAAAGCCAAAGAUAACCACAGUCUCCUCGAAGCCCAAAAAAUCCUUAAUAAAAUUCUAUUCAAACCA